ACCUACUAUCUUCAAAAGGGCGUGGCGGGUGCUUGCGGAAAGGUCAACUCGGAGGAAGCGCUAAUCAUCGCGUUGCCUUCUGCAAUGUAUGCGGGAGGAAAGCACUGCGGUCGCAAAGUCAAGAUCACCAGAAAGGGCGGCAAGGGACAGACGGUCACUGCUACCGUUGCCGACGAGUGCCCUACUUGCACAACCAGCACUUCCCUCGACCUCAGCAAGGGAGCAUUUGCCAAGAUCGCCACGAAAGAGGAAGGACAGGUGGACAUUGAGUGGAACUUUGCCAAUUAA